AUGGCGGAACAGUACGAUCUCCUGCCCAAGCUGGUCAAGCACCUUGACCGGCACCUCAUCUUCCCGCUGCUCGACUUCCAGGCCGGCCAGCUGCCCGAGGAUGCGUCCGACGACGAGGUCCGCGCGGUCACGCAGGCCAAGUACGAGCUGCUCAAGACGACCAACAUGACCGACUUCAUCGGCAGCCUCAAGGCCGAGCUGGACGGCCUCGACGAGCCCGCGCCCGAGUUCAACGAGAAGCGGCAGCAGGUCAUUGCCCGCAUGGAGCAGUACGAGAAGAACACGGCCAAGCUCACGGACCUGCUGGGCCGGGAGGACGUCGUCAGCAACCUGCGCAGCGACAAGGUGGCCAACUUGGACUUCCUCAACAAGGACCACGGCGUCACCCCAGAGAUGGUCGACGCGCUCUACGACUUUGGCAACUUCAAGUACAGCUGCGGCGACUACGGCGCGGCGGCCGACCUGCUCUACCAGUUCCGCGUCCUGUCCACGGACAACGACAAGGUCAACUCUGCGACCUGGGGCAAGUUUGCCUGCGAGAUCCUCACCACCAACUGGGAGGGCAGCGUCGAGGAGAUGCAGAAGGUCAAGGAGAACAUCGACACCAAGCUCUACAACAACCCGCUCGCCCAGCUGACGCAGCGCACGUGGCUCCUGCACUGGGCGCUGUUCCCGCUCUUCAACGACGACGCCGUCCGCGACGGCCUGCUCGAGCUCUUCUUCAGCCCGGCCUACAUCAACACCAUCCAGACCAGCUGCCCGUGGAUCCUGCGGUACCUGACCGCCUCGGUCAUUACCGGCCGCAGCCGCGCCCGCAACUCGAACCAGUACCAGAAGCAGCUCAAGGACAUGAUCCGCAUCGUCAAGCAGGAGGCGUACGAGUACAGCGACCCCGUCACCGACUUUGUCAAGGCCCUGUACAUCGACUUUGACUUUGAGGAGGCCCAGAAGCAGCUCUCCCUCGCCGAGGAGAUCCUGCGGGCCGACUUCUUCCUCACCCCCAGCGCCGACCUCUUUGUCGACUCGGCCCGCCACCUCAUCUCCGAGAGCUACUGCAAGAUCCACGCCCGCAUCGACAUCAAGGACCUGAGCAAGCGCCUCGGCCUCAACCAGGACGAGGGCGAGAAGUGGAUCGUCAACCUCAUCCGCGACACCCGCGUGGACGCCAAGAUCGACUACAAGGAGGGCACCGUCGUCAUGAACCACCCGCCGAGCUCCGUGUACCAGCAGGUCAUUGAGCGGACAAAGGGUGGCUUCUUCCGGACGCAGGUGCUGUCGGCCGCCGUGGCCAGGUAG